UUUUUUUGUAUCUUUUAAGGAGUGAAAGUUUGUUUUACUAUCACUGUACCAUUCUAUGAUGUUUGGUAAGUCAGGAGCUGCUCUUUAGUUUUUUUGUUUAGUUCCUUGCCGUAGAUAUGUCAAUGUCUUAGUACUCGUAAGACCAGCUAGUGCACAUCCAGCAAACAAAAGGAAUCAAGGUGGCGGGUCACUUGAUAGUACAGGUUGUUACUUUUAUAAAGACUUUGGCUGAUCUAGGCAGAACUGAAGAGCUACUCCUGAAGUCAGAUGAAAGCAGCUUGAAAAACAUGCUAGUUGAGCAGCUGCAAUAAGAACCAUUCAGAAUAAUUGCAAACAUCAUACAAUCUUAAGGGGCAGUAAAGGUACUUAUUCUUAAGGCUUUCUUUUGGUUUUUGAAUGUUAUUUUAUGUAUUAGGUGAACAAAAGAGACCCACUGUAAAUCAGCCUGUUGAUGUAGCCAGUUAGCAAAACAAAAAUAACAAGGUGUAAUUAAAAUCCCUAAGAGCAACUUUGCUAGUGAAAGUCCAGUAUAGUUCACUUGUAUUGCUAUCUUUCCUUGUUUGUGUAGCACAGAUGUUAGCUGUACUAUUCUCUUUGUUAAGGAGGUGAACUCGAUCCUGCAGCUCGUUGUGGAGCGGAACCGCAUGCAGCAGAGCCUGAGUGCCAACCGACACACCCUGCAGUCCUGGCGCAACCUGGUGGAGAUAGUGCUCACUGCCUGCCUCCAGGACCUCAUCCCCACUGAGGACAGGCAGCUCAUUAUCAGGGACCUGCUUCUGGACCUGCACGACAAGGUCUUAUCUGAAGAUGCAGCUGCAGAGCUGAUGCCAGUGGUAGCUGGCUCAGUAUUCACCCUCACUGCCCACCUCAGCCAGUCUGUGCGUACAGAGCAGCAGCACGGGGUGCGUAUAGAGGGGAUCGCCACCUCAGGAUUUGCCUCCCAUCACCAACUCUGCGCUGCACCUCAUCCUCAGGAAACUGUUGGACUUCAUCCUUUGUACUGGUGGAGGGUUCCAGCGGUUGCAUGCUCACCUCUAUGGAGCUCUGCUCUAUUACUUGCAGGUUGCACAGAAACCAGAUGAACCAGAGAAACUGGAAACAGAAAACAGUGGAGAGCAGUGUCCGGUCUUGGUUUAUAUUCCACCUCUCUCCCAGCUGACAAGUUAAUGUGGGAGCACCUCACAGCCCCAGAAGAUGCCUUUACCAAACAGCAGCAGGAGAACCUGGCCAUCACUGAGAGUUACAGCACUGCGCUCAUGGAGGUGGUGUGCCGGGAUGCCUGCGAUGGCCAUGAGAUUGGACAGAUGCUGGCCCUUGCUGUGCUAGACCGCAUUGUCUGCAUCGAUAAAAAGUGCCACUGGCUGCUGUACAUGUCUAACAGCGGUUACCUCAGGGUCCUUGUGGAAAGCUUAAGGCAAGAGGACCUGGCCCUGCAGAGUCUGCUCAGCCCCCAGCCUCCACUACUAAAGCACUCUACAUUUACGAAAAUGGCACUUCUGACGCGGGUUGCUAAAAACCCCCAGGGGGCAGCAGAGUUACUGCGCUGUGGGCUGGUUGUGCAGCUGGUACAGUGCAAAGUGUAUGACAUGCAUCCAGGCAGGGUGUUUGGAUAGAGGGACCCCUUGGGCUUUAUUCCAAAUCCACUCGAUCGCUACAGACAGAUCCUGCACCCAGCGCUGCGCCUCAGCCAGGUCAUCCUCACCUCCAGUACCGCACAGCACCAGCAGGCUGCAGCUCAGGUCCUGCAGUUCAUGAUUGUCCACUCUAACACACUCCACUCCAUUCUGCGCUGCGAGGAGGUAACGGCCGGCUCCCUGCAGGAGCUGUCUCUACUGACGGGCAUCAUCAGCAAAGCUGCACUGCCAGGUACAGGUGCUUGUUUUCAGAGAGAGUCCAAUCGAGAGUCACUCAUAAUAAUAAUUUGCUGUCUACACACUAUGCCAAUUAUGUUUUUGUCAAAGUGAUAAGAAUUUUUUUUUUUUUUUUUUUUGUUGCUUUUAGAUAGCCCCCUCCAAAUUUUGUUUCACAUCUUUUCAAGAGUUUGGUAAUAGCUUCUUUAGGGUACAACUGUUUUGUCUGGGACAAAUUUCAAAAAUACAAUACUAAAAAGUUUGAGUGCAAAAAUGUGCUUGUAGGAUAGUAUUGAAUGACUGGAAUUGGGAUUCUGCUUAUGAUAACCUGCUUAGUUGCUCUUCUCUUAAAACCAUUAAGUGGCAGAAGGUCCUAUUUUAUUAAUGUUCGUUUCUAUAAGGUUCUGCAUUCACUGUGUUCUAUCUGUAUGUCAUGCUCAGAAUAGACCUGGGCUGAGAGGUCUGCAGAGCUGCACUGACCAUCGGUCCUUUUCGCCUUCAGUUGUGUUGUUAUUCUUUCUUUGGCACAGCGUUGGGGUUAUGGAAUGCCCUUCUGGGCACAAAGUGAAUAAACUAAACAAACUCUCCUAUUUUGCAGUGUGCUCCACUGUCUCCAUGCAAAGUUUGGAGCAGUUUGAGAAGAUGUUGCUGUUGGUGCACAGCUUAAAUGGGAGGCAUAGUGUAGAAUUGAACAUAGACUUCUAAAGGAAUCAAACAUAGCCGACGUCGGCUGUAAAGGGGUUGAUGAUGUUUGCCAUGGAUUUGUCACAGAAACAUAUUUGCCAUCAAUGAUGAUGUUGUGAUGAUGGUUGCUUGACCUCUUGCUGUAUGUCAGUCAGUUCUUUUCUCCCCUAACUUGUGUGUUUUGUGUUCCAGGUGUUGUUCUGGACCUGGGCCAGGAUGUUAAAAGUGGAUCACUAAUGAGUUAAGCGUAUACAAGUGUCUUGUAGGUACAAAGUCAAGGCCAUGGUGACUCACACCUGUGAUGCGAGACGAUGGAUUCUAGGGCCCAUUGUCGUGUUCGCUGAGCCAACCCAAGCUGAACCCGAAACUGAAGUGGAAUCCUGCUGGGAGUGAGCUGAAACCCUGGACAUGGACUGGAUGAUUUAAAAUGAAAUGUAUUAAUGCAAUAAUAUGUG